GCAGAUGAGGAGAAAGCAAGUGCAUUAUAGUGCUUGGACAUCAACAAUCUCAGCGUGUCGUUUCGCUUUUUAACUAGUCUUACCGCAGUCGUAUUAAAACGGCUGGCAAGAUGCAGUAUAAUCGACAUCGUGUCCGUAUGAAAGGUUUUUGCUGGUGAAUUUUUUUCCACAUUCUUAAUAGAUGACUUUUCGCAACGCGGACAAAAACUGGACACUUUGGACUUUUAUUUAUCACUCUGCUCCAAAAAUAACAUUGUGAAAGGAUACACGAGCAUUUCAGCGGAAAUUAUUCGUCGUUCAGACGAACGUUUACUGACUGCUAUACCAGCUCACCUUGCAAGGAGAAAGGCAAGUGACUCUUGAACCUCAUGCCUCCACAAAGCCAUUCAUGAGGCAAGCCUUCCUCCACACCACCAGACCAGCAUGGAGAAAGGGGCGCGAACACGACUAGAAACAGGAGUGGCAGAUGAGAAAGACCAUCUUACUCAAGGGAAGACCCCAUUAGCAGGGAGUGCGGACUUGGGACAUGAAUGUUGCAAACGUAAUGGUUUGAUCAAUACCCACAACUUAAUGGUGGAGACUAAGGAAGGACUGGUGUCAGUCUAUUCUGCCCCACAGUACCAGGGCCAUGUGGUGUCCAAGGACAAAAAUGGGACACCGGAUGGUAGAGGACCCCCACAGUUGCUCAACCCCAGCACCCUUCCCCAGGCUAUAGACCCUUACUACAGGCCCAACCUCAUUCUCUACCCCGAGAGCGUGUUGAGAGCAUGGGGAGAGGGAGGGGACUGCUGCGAGACCACCUUCAUUGAGGAAAUGACCCCUGCCUCGUCUGGCUCAUCUGUCACAAAAGAUGGAAUUCUGUUCGCUGACAGCAGGCUUCUAGAUCUCUCUAUGGAAGACGCCAAGAUCCAGACACUCUCCUAUGAUGUAGAUGAAGAUGAUGAUGAAUUUCAAGAACUCGAGAGUGAGUACUCAAGUGACUCAGAGAGUGAAGACAAUUUCCUCCUGAUGCCUCCGAGGGACCACCUGGGCCUCAGUGUUUUCUCCAUGCUCUGCUGUUUCUGGCCCCUGGGAAUUGCAGCUUUCUACCUGUCUCACGAGACUAACAAAGCGGUGACUAAAGGGGACUUUCACCACGCCAGCUCCAGCUCCAGACGAGCGCUCUUCCUCGCCGUACUGUCCAUCACUAUCGGGACGGGCAUCUACGUGGGUGUGGCUGUGGCCCUUAUCGCAUACCUCUCCAAAAACAAUCACUUGUAGCCUUCUCAUGCCCAAACCACUCUUUCUUUUCAGCAGUCAGAUGAAGACUGGAUCACUUUGGGAUCAGCUUUUUGAGAAAAUGCCCAGAGGUCACAAUAUGGGACUCACCAGCAAUGUGUUCCACUCCUGCACUUUUAAAAGUCAUUCCCAUUCCCAUUUAAUUGGGAACAUAAUCAUUUGUGUAAAUGUCCUGAUCACCUUUCUGCAUUUUCAUGUGACCGUGCUGCCACCACUUUUAUUUUUGUGCUCAACGUUUGUGCAAGUGCAAAUCUAAUGCUACACACAUGAGAUUUUGGCCAAAUUAAAGUCAAUAUGAAAUCAAAAGUGACCUGAUUUACUUUCUUAAUGCAUGUUCCUGCUCAUAUUGUGUAUAUUUUUCCAAAGAAAUCAUAAAAAUUUAAUCAUUUGCUCCCCCAUUGAAACAACUUUCGUUUUUGUCAUCAAAUAGCAUUGGAUAAUGGAUGAUCCAAUAAAUUCCCACUAGAUGAAAUUUGGUCGGUUGCACCAGCUGUGUCUAAGUUACAACUUAAAAACUACUAAAUAUAUUUUGUUGUACCAUUAAAUUUAGUUGAAACAUAACUCUACAUAUAAACUAAAUAUUUAUGGAAGCCUCCGACCAGGAGUAACAGUCGGAAUGAAACAGCAGAUUGAUUGAAUUGCAGCGGAUGGCCAAGGCGGCAAGCGCCAAGGGUGAUCUGAGGAUUGCAAUGGAAGUGUUUCCACUGGGUGAAUCCCGACAGGCCUCCCAUUCCUCAGCAUGCUCGUUCCGCCCAGUUGACUUCAGAGAUGAGUUAGGGAGUUCACCUCAGGGUGAAUUUAAUUUCUCAUUCAGGACUCGUGAAGAAGAUAAACUGUUGAUCGCAGCAUUGAAGGCUUGGAUUCUGCUUUUGGAAGCGGAUGACUCGCCUAGGCCCCCACCAUCUGGUGUGAUGGUCCAGGCUGAGGCUGAUGCUGAGUUGACUGCCGUGCUUGCCCGGUCACUGCAGAUAUUGGGCUCACAUGGAAUCCUCCACCCUGUCUUGAGCGUUCGCGUUUGGAUGAUUAGUUUCUGGGCUUCAGUGUUCAGUGCCUUUCUUCCUGCAAGUGCACCAGGAGAUCUUAAUGUCAUGGAAGGCACCUUUCACUGCCAGAACACGUUUCGCAGGUUCUGCCUCCCUCACUACACUCAAUGGCAGGGUGGCCAGGGGGUACACAGGUUGAGCAUCUGAUUGCAGUGCAUCUGUACUCGCAGAGAGCUGCCACAUGGAGGUAUGGUCUGAGGCUCCCUUCCAGGUCAUGUAAGUUUAACUUGUGAAUGACAGCAAGGGCUUACAAUGCUGCUAGACAGGCCGAAUGCAGGAGCUACGCUUGCCAACCAAUUUUGACCUAUGGGCAACGAAGGCCACGGCACAGGCUCUGGGUCGGAGUGCCAUCUAUGGCUUAACCUUGCCGAGAUGCAAGAUGCCAAGAAAGUGCGCUUUCUCAGCGCUCCCAUCUCCCAAGGUGGCCUUUUUGGCGACACUGUUGAGGUCUUCCUACAACACUUAUCAGCAGUGAAAAAUCAGACGGAGGCAUUCAGACACAUCUUGCCCCAGCACGACUCGGCCGCCACCUACAGGCCUCUGAGGUCCCAUGCUCCGUCUGCCCAUCGCUGAGGCCAUCCCCCUAAAUGGAGGUCCUUCCGCAGGAAGGUGACGUGUCCUUCAUGUCUAUCAGGUAGUGAACUUGCAAGCACUCCCUCGGAUUCAAGGCAGCCUUAACUCUGCAGUGUCCUGUGCGCGCCCUGCGCAUUUAUUUGGACUGUGCAGAGAGCUUUAGAUGCUCUUAGCAGCUCUUUGUCUGUUUCGGGGGACAGCAGAAGAGGAAGGCUGUCUCCAAACAGAAUAUCUCCCACUGGACUGUGGACACUAUUUCUUUGGCAUACCAAGCCCAGGCAGUGCCAUGCCCCUGGGAAUGUGAGCACACUCCACCAGGGGUUUUGCAUCCUCCUGGGCACUAGCGAAUGGCGCCUCCCUGACGGACAUCUGUAGAGCAGUGGGGUGGGCUGCACCCAAUAUUUUUUGACAAGAUUUUAUAAUCUCAGAGUGGAGCAUGUUUCGUCUCGAGGGCAACUGGCUGGGUGUAUCGCCUGCAUUUAGCAGCCUUUCUCCUUUCUGAAGGCGAUAUUGUGCGAUGUUUUUGUCGAUGUGAGUAUCCCAUCUUUGGCGAACCCUGGACGCGCUCCUAUUCUCCAGCACUCAUCAGUAGCCGAAUUUGGCGGACACUGUCUCGGCUCCUCAGCACAAACCUGAAUGAGUGGAGCAAGCCAUCUCCUUUUAUACCCAUAUAUCUUGGGGAGUGGCAUGCAAAUUCCACUUGCCAAUUCUCAUUGGCCCUUUCUGAAGUAUCAGAGGUGUUUGGGGCUCCCAAGGGUGACCCCUAGUGUCACUACAUCGACACAAUGUCUCAUUCCCUCCAUCAGAGAAUGGAAGUUACAAUGAUAACCAAGACUUUACUUAGCCUCUAGUGUGGACUUUAUGUUCCAAGAUCUUACGAAUGGCUGGUGCAACCCUACCCAGAUCCCUACAUUUUUUUUCUUGUUGAAUUUUGUUUCACUUGGAUAUCAGAUUAUAGUAAAAUGUAAAGUAAAAUGGGCUGUGAACAGCAUUUCAUCUUGACUUUAAUAUUGGUUUGUCACAAACACAGUAUUUGGUAUACCGAUCUAAUCUGUCAAAAGAUCCGAACAAGAUCUGAAUCAGUAUCUGAACAAUCAGUGACUUUCUCAAAUGUUUUUUGGAUUAUGUGAAGCAUCUAUCUGAAGUGCCACAGUGCUUUCAAGCCUUUUUAAGAGCUACUGAAUCUUAAGGUCUGUGACACACGAAGGGGCAUUUUCAACACUUUUUUGAUAUUACAGACACAAAAUGAACAAAAAGCCAUAUAGAUGGGUUGCUCAAGCCUGCGUGUGGACUUUUUUUGGAAUGUAUGGGUCAAGUAAUUUUUGUGGGGCUGUAACAUUCACUAAUAACUACUCUGUAAUUAAGUCCUAAGGCUUUCAGUUUACACAUGUCAAUCUAUGCUGUAAAUGCCUCCGCUGUCAAAUUUUCUCCCAUACUUUGGGAAACACCUCUUGCCAGCAAGCUCAUGCUAAUUAAAUGUGGUCUUUUCAUUCAAACAUGGUGCCAGUGUGUUCAUCUGAUUUGGGCCAUUUGAUCUCGGAACAUCUUUUUAUGUCAUGUUAAAGGGGUCAUGAAUUGAGAAAUCAACUUUUCCUUGAGCUUUUGAUAUAUAAGAGGUCAUCAUACUAUCCUAUAAGAUUAUCCUAUAAGAUUCAGAACUGAAAACUUCCUUGUUAGUUCAAUAAAAGCUUUUAUUGAUACCGGGCCCAUCGAACGACUAAUCCUGGAAUGUGCCUAUGAUAGGUGAAACGCCGCCUCCACAGAAGAAAUCAACGCCUACUUCAUCAUUGCAACAUUAGCCCCGCCCAAUGUCGUGUUAGUGAGAUUAGCAAAACAAGACAAAAAUAACAUUACCUUUCAAAGGAUCCUAAUGCUAGGAAUAUGGUUAUUUAUUUUCAACAAUGUGAAUGUCUCAGCUUUAUUUAUAUGUAUUUGCAGUUUCACUGUGGAUUCUUUGACAUUUAAAUCACACUUUGGCGCAGGCUUUGCAAACAGUCUUUUACGAUAUGGACUCGACAGUAAUGCAACAACAUGUAAGUAACUGUGUUAAUUAUAAUGCCUGAUCUGAUAUGUAUUUCUUUUAUUUUAUUUCUAAGUUAUGACAAUUUUUGAUGUAAAAAGCAUAAUAACAUUAUAAGUGCACCCCAGGAAACAUUAUAAAACAAUAAAACAACACAGUUCAUGA